AGUUAAUGUAAAUUUAGUCCAAACAAAAUAUGGCUGCAGAAGUGGAAAACUCGGCCGCGGUUGAUAAAACAUCAGCAAAUGCUGAAGAAUUGGAGAACUAUUACCUAAUGCUCGAAGCGGGCAAUAUACCAGAGCUACAAUGGCAAUUCCCUGGACGUCGCCCGCCUUCGCCGGAUGCCAAUGCCGGGAGCAACAGUAAGGAAUUGGAAGCCGCGGCCGAAACUGUGGAACAAGAACCACAGAAGGCAAACGAUUUUGAUUUCAGCGAUGAUGUUGCCCCCACUCAAAUGCGUGUACGCAGCCAGACCUCGACGCCGAAGUCCGCCAAAAAGAAGACGGCCAACUUUGCCGGCGUUAUGGAGACGCUUAAGAAGAAGAAGACUGAGGGCUCCUAGCAUACAAUAACGCUGAUAGUUAGACGAUAAAAGAAUAGUCAGAUAUGUAAAUACAAUGGAAUCCGCUACUAACGACGCUCAAGGGACCGUCAUACACGGAAGUCCGUCAGGGACCAGAAUUUUCAAAGAAUCGUCGCAAUAACUGCUCGGUUGCUAUAAGCUGAGUCUUAUCGCCGUGUUCUACUGUAUAUGUAUAUAGAGCCAACAAAAUGAAAAUUCAAUUUCAUGUAGGAGUUAAAAUCAUGCUAUUUUAUCUAGCAUAUAGAUUAAGUACUAUAAUACUUCCGGUUAUUGAACUGUAUUUUCAAUUGAUAAACUUCAUAGAAUAUCGGAAUAUUAUUAUAAGAUAGAAUAUAAUGCCAACGUUGUAGACUUUUGUCAAUUCAGUCAAUAAUGCAAUACGAUUUACUUAUAAGCUAUACUUAACUACAAUAAACUAUAUUUGUCUAAAAACA